AUGAAAACGGGAAAUCUCUCUGUAGUGUCAGAAUUUGUACUUCUGGGACUUUGCCAUUCAUGGAACACGCAGAUGUUGUUCUUAAUGGUAUUUUUUAUCCUUUACUUGAUCAUUGUUUCUGGAAAUAUUGUCAUCGUGAUUUUAAUCAUCACUGACCUUCAUCUUCAUUCCCCCAUGUACUUCUUAUUGGCCAACCUGUCCUUUGUCGAUAUGUUGCUUUCAUCAGUCACAACUCCUAAAAUGAUCACAGACCUUCUCAGAGACAACAAGAUUAUUUCUUUUGGAGGCUGCAUGUGCCAGAUCCUCUUUGUGCAUUUUGUUGGAGGCGGUGAAAUGGUGCUACUGGUAGUAAUGGCCUAUGACCGGUAUGUAGCGAUCUGUAAACCACUCCACUACUCUACGAUUAUGAGCCUCCAAAAGUGCAUUGGGUUGGUAGUGAUUUCCUGGACCAUUGGCUUUGUGCAUGCCAUGAGCCAAAUGGUUGUGAUUGUGCAGUUGCCCUUUUGCGGCCCCAAGGAAAUAGACAGCUUCUUCUGUGAUAUACCACUAGUAAUCAAACUUGCUUGCAUAGAUUCAUAUAACUUAGGAAUAUUAAUGAAUGCUGACAGUGGGAUACUGGCUAUAACCUGCUUUAUACUGUUGCUGAUAUCUUACACAUAUAUUCUUCUCACUGUACACCAAAGCUCUAAAACCGGUGCAUCUAAGGCACUCUCUACUUGUACUGCCCACAUCACUGUGGUAAUGCUUUUCUUUGGACCUUGCAUCUUUAUCUAUGUGUGGCCACUGAGCAUCACGUGGGUGGACAAAUUUCUUGCUGUCUUUUACUCUGUUAUCACACCUCUACUAAAUCCAACCAUUUAUACCUUGAGGAAUAAGGAGAUUAAGAAUGCUAUGAAGAGAUUCAAGAGCAAUUAUAUGCAUUCCAAGAGAAAUAUUUAA